GCGCUUGAUCCCAACAAGGUAUGCUGUCACCUGAUUGGACGUCGCCACGACUCUUUAACGCUUUUGAGCAGCUGGCAACGUCUGGCUGGCAAGUCCCGACGUCUUUUCAUAUACGAAUAGGUCAUCUGUGUAACCGGACCUCACCAGUUCGAAAGUUCAUUUGUAUCUGAUAUUCAGGUAAGCCAUGUCAUCAGUACCAUCUAGUUCAGAAUCAGUUGGGACCAGUCCCGUCUGCCCACAUGCUGCCAAAGUCCUCACAAAUGCUGCAAAUAGAGAACUUGAAACCGUUUUGAACAGAAAGGCUGGACACAAGUUAAGAGUAAAUGGCACAGACCUUGUAAAUGAAACAAACGGUCACCAUGUGAAUGUAGAGCACACUGAGAAUGGAUCAGAAGUCACCAUGGAGAGGAAGUGGAUUCGACCAGAUUUGCCUAGCAGAUGCACCUGGAUACCUGCUGACCCAAAUACAGAGUCGCCCCACAAGCACUUCCAACGUACAAAAGCACCCAGUAUCCUCCCCAACAUUUUAAGCAAGAUUGGAGAGACCCCACUGGUCCGCAUGAACAAGAUUCCUAAAGCUUUUGGCCUCAAGUGUGAGCUUUUGGCUAAAUGUGAGUUCUUCAAUGCCGGUGGGAGCGUGAAGGACAGAAUCAGUCUGCGUAUGGUAGAGGAUGCUGAGAGAGACGGCAUCCUUAAACCUGGAGACACCAUUAUUGAGCCCACAUCAGGAAACACAGGUAUUGGACUUGCUCUGGCAGCGGCAGUCAAAGGUUAUCGUUGCAUCAUUGUCAUGCCUGAGAAGAUGAGCUUGGAAAAGGUGGAUGUGCUCCGUGCUCUUGGAGCCGAGAUCGUUCGUACCCCUACCUCAGCCCGGUUUGACUCUCCUGAGUCUCAUGUGGGGGUGGCUUGGCGUUUGAAGAACGAGAUUCCUAACAGUCAACUUCUGGACCAGUACCGCAAUCCCAGCAACCCUCUGGCCCACUAUGACACCACUGCAGAGGAGAUUCUGGAGCAGUGUGAUGGUAAAAUAGACAUGCUGGUGGCAGGAGCUGGCACUGGUGGCACCAUCACUGGCGUCGCUCGUAAGCUGAAGGAGAAAUGCCCUAAUAUCAAGAUAGUUGGAGUGGAUCCUGAGGGCUCUGUCCUUGCUGAGCCAAAGGACCUGAAUCAGGCUGAUAAGACUCAAUAUGAGGUUGAGGGCAUCGGAUAUGACUUCAUCCCUACUGUUAUGGACAGAUCUGUGGUGGAUAGUUGGUUCAAGUCCGGUGAUAAAGAGUCUUUUUCCAUGUCUCGUAUGCUCAUCAGAGAGGAGGGUCUUCUGUGCGGUGGUAGUUCAGGCACAGCCAUGGCUGCAGCAGUGCAUGUAGCCAAAGAGCUGAAGGAAGGCCAGCGCUGUGUGGUGAUUCUCCCCGACUCCGUCCGCAACUACAUGUCUAAAUUUCUUAGCGACAAGUGGAUGUGUGAAAAGGGCUUCCUGAGUGAGGAGGAUCUUGUUGUCAGCAAGCCAUGGUGGUGGAAUCUGACUCUACAGGAGCUCCGGCUCUCUGCCCCACUGACUGUGCUGCCUUUAGUGUCCAUCAAGAAGACUAUUCAGAUCCUGAAAGAGAAGGCUUUUGACCAAGCCCCUGUGGUGGACGAGGCCGGGCAGAUUCUGGGCAUGGUGACGUUGGGGAACAUGCUCUCGUCCAUUCUGGCUGGGAGAGUCAGACCAUCCGAUCCCAUAAACCAAGUUCUCUACAAACAGUUUAAACAGGUGUGCCUCACUGAUAACCUGGGCAAACUCUCACGUAUCCUUGAGACGGACCACUUUGCCCUUGUUGUGCAUGAACAGAUUCAGUACAUGAGCGAAGGAAUCCCCAAGAUGAGGCAGAUGGUGUUUGGGGUGGUGACAGCCACUGACCUGCUGAACUAUGUGACCUCUCGUGAGAGAAGGGAAUGCUCGCUGUCUGAGUACUCGCUCUCAGAAGAGAAGUGAACAACCAAGAGUGUGAGGACACAAUGCUGGAGUGUCUUUUCUUCUCUCGCACAGUUUUUCAGUUUAUUUCCCUGCAAGUAGUAUGCUCAUUUUCUAAAGAAGAAUAAGAGUCAUCUUACAGAUUUGAACUCCAUUUACUGCAUCACAUUGUUCUACAUUUUAGCUGCUUUGUUAGCCAGUCGACAUAAUGAAAUAAUAUAGCCAUUUGCAGAUUUCUUUACUUUUGGAGAUUUGAUUUAGUUAAGGUGUAUAUAUUUGAAUGAAUGUUGUUUUUUAUUUUAUUCCUUCAAAAAGAAAAACUGAUGAACAUAGACCGAAUAAGAUUGUUUGUAUACAGUUAAUGUGAAGUGAAUGAAUGUGUUUGAGGUGUGUUGAUUUGCUCUGUCAUUUAUGGUUUCGGUGCAUGCUGCUGGAGUCUGGCUCAGAAUGUCUUUACUGUUUGACAUUUGAUUUGAUUUUUCUUUUAUAUUAUUGCUGUGAUUAGUAGUAGUUACAAAUAAAGUUAUUUC